CAAAGUCCUUAUAGGUAAGUUUUGCCACUUGACAGCUAAGUUGAUAACACCCCAGGCAGUUAUUCUGGGCUCACAAGGCUCUUCUAUCUAAAUGAAUGAAUGACAAGGGGUCACAGGGUCAUAUGUGCUUGAAAAGUUUGUCGACUUUAAAAAGAUGUAAGAUGGGAAAGGUGAUUUUGGGAGAAGCAGCAGGACAUGUGUCAUACAUCCACCAUCAUCGGAAUUCUCCCACAGAUUUCUACUCAGGAUUAUUUAAGUGGGAAAUCUCUCCCUCUCAUCUCUGAUCAUAUGUUACUUUCACUACAGGAGAGACUUGAUGUUCUCUGCAAUUAACUGGGAAAAAAAACUGCAUAUAUCUGUAUUUUCAUUAGCAAUUUGCUAAAAUGAGAAUUAUGAACUUAUAAAAUAUGACUAAGCCAUUCACCACCUCAGUGAAUGUGAAUCUAAUUCCAUCAACACUAAAAAAUCCACUACAGAAACCAAACUGUCGGCUGGGUCGCUUUUGUAGCUUUACGCAUGGCUCCAUCUGGUGGUCAUUUAUUAUAUUACAUACAUCUCUGCUCCUUCGCUCCCACCUAUACAGUGUACACAAGUUUCACCAGCAACAUAUGUGACACAUUUCACUGUUUCUGCUUCACAGGAAACGUUCAGUUCCGUCUUUUGUCGCCUCAAGCAACACAUUUUCCAUUUCCAGCGCCGCCUCCUGUUCACCGUGCUGUGUGCGUAAAAAGGUGUAAGGCCACGGGAGGGGAUGGUAGUGUUCAGGGUGAAAAAAAACGAAGUCUUUUUUCUAUUUAUAGAUUCAUUAUCGUCAAACAAAUAGUGCGCAACUGCAGCGCCGCUCAGCCAGCUGUGCGUUAAGAGGAGGAAGCUUGCUUUCGGUUUCUAACCAGAGAGGCGUGGAAGUGAUUUGGAGUAAAGGCAACGGUUACUUGUUUAUAAAGAAAAAAAAAGAAAAGAAUAAAGUUGUGAAGCGGAGGUGUUUUUGGCGCUUGAAGGGGAGCUGAUGGAGUUUUCUGAGCACAUCAAGACGGCCAAUGUGGAGGAUGUUGUGCUCCGGCAGCCGCUCCACCCGCCGAGCAGAGGAACCCUGUGCAUCACCGGCCACCACCUGCUCUUCUCGGACAGGGAGGAGGGCAGCUCCCGGCAGGUCCUGCUGCUGCUCAGGAACAUAGAUGCCAUUGAGAAAAGUGUGGAAAACCUUUUGGGCUAUUCGGGCUUCUUCUCUAAAGCAGGUCUCAGUGAAAGGACGUCUGGAUCAUCAGGCACGAUUACCAUCAAGUGUAAAGAUCUGCAAGUGCUCCAGCUUGACAUCCCAGGAAUGGAGCAGUGUCUCAAUAUUGCACACUCUAUUGAGACCCUGUCCUGUCUGGACAGUGUGUCGGAGAUGUAUCCUUUCUUUUACAGGCCUGCUGAUCUCAGCCUACAGGACCAGUGGGGUCUCUCAUCCCCUGAAAGCUACUACAGUCAAAUGAAGGAGCUUCAUGGCCGGUGGAGGCUGAGCAGUGUGAACAGAGACUACUCAGUGUGUCCCUCCUACCCUCCAGCAGUCAUCGUCCCAAACAGCAUCGAUGACGACACACUGAGGAAAGUGGCCAAAUUCAGACAGGGAGGACGUUUUCCUGUCCUCUGCUACUACCACAGGAAGAACGGCAUGGUAAUCAUGCGCAGCAGCCAGCCACUGACGGGAGCCAAUAGGAAGCGCUGCAAGGAAGACGAGCUCCUCCUCCAGGCUGUGAUUGACGGCUCAGACAAAGGUUACAUUAUUGACACCCGCUCCAGUCAGCAGGCUCAACAGGCCCGCAUGACGGGUGGAGGGUUUGAGUCCAAAUCCUGCUAUAGCCACUGGAAGAGACUGCACAGACAGAUGGAAAGAGGCAAAGCUCUCCAGGAGAGUCUGAUUAAACUGGUGGAGGCCUGUGGUGAUGAGUCAAAUAACAUGGACCGCUGGCUCAGUAAGCUGGAGAAUUCAAAGUGGCUGUCUUAUGUCCAGACUGCUCUGUCGACCGCCGGCCUGCUGGCUGAGUGUGUGGAGAGGGACGGUCAUUCUGUUCUGGUUCACGGCUCUGAAGGGACAGACUCUUCUUUGCUCAUCAGCACUCUGGCUCAGCUCAUCAUGGAUCCCUGCUGCCGCACUCUGGACGGCUUCCUGGCUCUGCUGGAGAGGGAGUGGCUGCAGGCAGGACACCCGUUCCAGCAGCGAUGUGCCCACUCAGCCUACUCCCACACUCGCCUCCAGCAGGAGUCUCCGGUCUUCCUGCUGCUGCUGGACUGUGUGUGGCAGCUGUGGCGUCAGUUCCCUCUGGCUUUGGGCUUCUCCGAGGCGCUGCUCCUCAGACUGGCAACCGAAGUCUAUGCCUCUGACUACGGCACCUUUCUGUGUAACAGCGAUCAGGAAAGGUGUGCUGUGGGAGUGAAGGAUAAGACGCACUGUUUGUUCCAAGCCUUGCUGAGGCCCAGGGAGAAAGAUUACUACUCCAACCCCUUGUACGAGCCCACUGAGCUGGCAAUCUGGCCCUCGGUUCACCCUCAGUCCCUGCAGCUCUGGAGAGGCUUCUUUCUGAGGUGGACCCAGCAGAUUCGUCACCUUGAGGAGGCUCAGGAGGAAAUAAGGAACAUGGUGAUCGAGUGGGGCAAGUUGGCACUCAGCUGACGCCCCUCCAGUGUGUGUGAAGAAGUGAAGAUGGUCAGCCUGAACAUGUUGAACAUGUCUGAUGGAGGAAUGCUACCGAUGUGCAAUGCCUUAACAAUCUGCUGUGUUUCAAUGUACAGAAUUUUUUUACCCUUUUAUAAAAACUGUAAUACCAAAA